GCCCGUAGCAUAGGUUGAAGGCAGUCUAAAUUCUAAUAAGCCCUUGGAUAAGAAAAACCCGACAAUGAAAUGAAGCCAAACUUAUUUAGCACGGUGAGAAGCCAUGGAUGCAGCUUUACCUACUCUCAUGGCCUCCUCCUCUUCCUCCUCCGGCUUUCCUCCAACUGGGUCUUUGCUGGAGUCAUUGAUCCACAUCUCUAAUGAAGCCACCACAUCUGCAGAAAAGCUUCCUUCAUCUAUACAGGUCAAAAAUGUGUCGACCAUGAUCAGAAGGAUUAAGCUUCUCUCUUCACUGUAUGAGGAGAUCCAGGAAGAAGACAGCCCGCUUCCUCCAUCCUCAAUCCUGUGCCUCACCGAGCUCUUUUCGGUUAUUAAAAGAGCAAAGCUUUUGAUACAGGAUUGCAAGGAAGGGAGUGCUCUGUGGAAUCUCAUGCGGACGGAACUUGUUUCGAAUCAAUUCCAUGUUCUGGUGAAGGAGCUGGGGAGAGCUCUAGAUAUAUUACCUCUGAGCUUGCUUAAUCUGACGGUGGACACUAGGGAGCAAGUGGAGCUCCUUCACAAGCAAGCCAAAAGGGUCGAAUUGUUCGUUGACCCUCGAGAGAUUCAGACAAAGCAGGAGCUCCUCCAAGUUGUGGCACCUAGAAAUCAGAAGAACAGCAAGGACAAGGGCUUCAUUGACUUUGACAAACUGGGAGGGAUCUUGAGCCGCAUUGGUUUGAGAAGCUCGUCGGAUUAUGAACAAGAAAUAGCAAAGCUAGGGGCAGAAGCAGAGAAGCAGGCUGGCACAGGCGGGCUCAUCGUUGUCUCUAGCAUCAACAAUCUCAUAACUGUUGUUUCACUAGCCAAAUCGACAAUUUUUACCAAGGAGGAAAAUGGAAAAGGCAAUGAAAACUUGAGGCUGCGCUCGGCAUCAUUUAGGCUUCAGGAUCAGUCUUCAUCUUCCCAGUCAAUAAUUUUCAACAUCCCUGAUGAAUUUCGCUGUCCAAUUUCACUGGAUUUGAUGGGGGACCCUGUGAUAGUAGCAUCAGGUCACACCUAUGAUCGAAAUUCAAUCGCCCAGUGGAUAAAUUCGGGCCAUCACACUUGCCCAAAAAGUGGGCAGAGGCUAAUCCACAUGGCCCUUAUACCCAAUUAUGCACUCAAGAGUUUAAUCCAUCAAUGGUGCCAGGAGAACAACAUACCAAUCAUUGAGCCAACAGCUUCAUCUUCUUCAAGCUUGGACAGAAGCAACAGCAAGAGGAAGUCAUGUGAUAAUGCAAUUGAUCACGUCUCCGCGACAAAAACUGCCAUGGAUGCUGUCAAAAUGACAGCUGAAUUUCUGGUGGGGAAACUGGCAACCGGGUCACCAGAUAUCCAGAGGCAGGCAGCAUACGAGCUGCGUUUACUUGCAAAAACAGGCAUGGACAACCGCAGGAUAAUUGCUGAGGCAGGAGCCAUUCCAUUUCUGGUUACGUUGCUUGGUUCCCCUGACCAAAGAAUUCAGGAGAAUGCCGUCACUGCCCUCCUAAACCUGUCCAUUCUUGAGAACAACAAGAUACUAAUAAUGGCGGCUGGUGCAAUUGACAACAUAAUCGAUGUUCUACGCUUGGGGAAAACCAUGGAGACCAGAGAAAACGCUGCAGCGGCUAUCUUCAGCUUGUCCAUGAUAGAUGAAUUCAAAGUGAUCAUUGGUUCCCGUCCCAGAGCCAUACCAGCCUUGGUAACCCUCCUGAAAGAUGGCAGCACAGAUGGGAAAAGAGAUGCUGCAACAGCACUUUUUAACCUUGCGCUUUACAAUGUCAACAUGGUAACUGUUGUUGCUGCUGGUGCAGUUCCACUAUUCAUUGACCUCUUGAUGGAUGAUACGGCAGGCAUUACGGAUAAUGCUUUGUCAGUUCUUGCUCUGCUUUUGGGUUGUUCUGAAGGGCUGGAGGAAAUAAGGAAAAACGGAGUCCUGGUUCCCCUUCUCAUUGAUCUCCUGAGAUUUGGUUCUCCAAAGGGGAAGGAGAGUUCAAUAACUCUGCUGUUGGGGCUCUGCAAAGAUGGUGGGGAGGAAGUUGCAAAACGAUUACUCAUAAAUCCACGAAGCAUUCCUUGCCUCCAGAGCUUGGCUUCUGAUGGGUCUCUGAAGGCUCGAAGGAAGGCGGAUGCUCUGCUUAGAUUACUCAACAGAUGCUGUUCUCAGCCUCGCAAUCCUGUUUGAUUUACACACUGUAGGAAAACAUCCAAGUAAGAAAAGUGUAAAUUUGUGAAACUUAUAUAAAUGGAAAUGGUGUUCAUUUGCUAGUGCAA